CUCUCCGCCCCGCCCGAGCUCACGGUGGACCGCGGAGCCUCGUCGUCGCUCGGGGUGGCCCCCCAGAACCCUGAGGUCCGAGAUAGCCCUUUGACUCAGAAAUCAACAAGAGCUGUUCCAAAGUAGAAGGAUGUAGGGAAUACACGCUAAUUGACCGGUGAGCAGGAAGUGCUGAGAGCCGGAUCAAGACCGCUGAGCAAUGACGCGCUUUGCAUGCUGUGCCCAGGUCUGACUUGAUUAGGACACCGAAGCAUCCAUCUGCAGAAAUGUCUUCAGAAAAUAAAGAACGACAUGACCACAAGGACUUGGUUGAAGAAAAUGACCAAAGCAGUCCUCCAUCUGGGGUCCAUCUGGAACUUGAAAUGACUUCUAGAACUGACUUCCAGCAAUCUGAGGUCAAUAACCAAUAUAGACCUCGUCCUCGGAUCCACUUGGAGCCUCAAGAGAAAUCAGAUACCACUUGCAGUCAGUUUGUCAUCAGGAAAAUACGGAAGAGUUGCCAGUGCAAUGCAUCCAAAGCCAAAAAAUCCAUUUUGGGUUUCUUUCCUGUUUUGCAGUGGCUUCCAAAAUACAACUUAAAGAACAACAUCAUAGGGGAUGUGAUGUCUGGCCUGAUUGUGGGCAUUUUGUUGGUGCCCCAAUCCAUUGCAUAUUCCCUCUUGGCUGGCCAGCAACCUAUCUAUGGUCUGUACACAUCCUUUUUUGCCAGCAUCAUUUAUUUCCUGUUAGGUACCUCCCGUCACAUCUCUGUGGGCAUUUUUGGAAUACUGUGCCUUAUGAUUGGUGAGGUAGUUGAGCGAGAACUUCACAAAGCUGGCUAUGACACAAAGCUGGCCCAGACUCCUGCUCUGUUAGAAAUGGUUUCGAAUGGAAGCACAAUGAACGAGUUACCAGAUGAGAUAUGUGACAAAAAUUGCUAUGCAAUUACAGUUGGCACCACUGUAACCUUUAUGGCCGGAGUUUAUCAGGUAGUAAUGGGCCUCUUUCAAGUGGGCUUUAUUUCCGUCUACCUCUCAGAUGCUUUGCUGAGUGGAUUUGUCACCGGUGCCUCCUUCACAAUCCUCACAUCGCAGGCCAAGUAUCUCCUUGGGCUCAAAAUUCCUCGGAGUAGUGGUGUGGGUUCAUUGAUCAUGACGUGGAUACACAUCUUCCGAAAUAUCCAUCAGACCAAUAUCUGUGACCUCAUCACCAGCCUUGUGUGCCUUCUGGUUCUUGUGCCAACCAAAGAACUAAACGAUCACUUUAAGUCAAAGUUUAAGGCACCAAUUCCCACCGAGCUCAUCGUCGUGGUGGGCGCCACCCUGGCCUCUCAUUUUGGUGAACUCAAUGCGAAAUACAACAGCAGCAUUUCUGGGCACAUUCCCACGGGAUUCAUGCCACCCAAAGCACCAGACUGGAGCUUAAUUCCCAGCGUGGCCGCGGAUGCUGUAGCUAUUUCUAUCAUUGGCUUUGCCAUCACAGUGUCACUUUCCGAGAUGUUUGCCAAGAAACAUGGGUACACAGUGAGAGCUAAUCAAGAAAUGUUUGCCAUAGGCUUCUGCAACAUCAUCCCAUCCUUCUUCCACUGCUUCACAACCAGCGCAGCUCUGGCCAAGACCCUGGUCAAGGAAUCAACCGGCUGCCAGACUCAGCUCUCAGGGGUGGUGACAGCCCUGGUCCUUCUGCUGGUGCUCCUUGUGAUAGCUCCUCUGUUUUAUUCCCUUCAGAAAUGUGUCCUCGGUGUGAUCACGAUUGUAAAUAUCCGGGGUGCCCUGCUCAAGUUCCGGGAUGUGCCCAAGAUGUGGCGCGUGAGCAGAAUGGACACGGUCAUCUGGUUCGUGACAAUGCUGUCCUCCGCACUGCUGAGCACUGAACUAGGCCUGCUCACAGGGGUUUGUUUUUCCAUGUUUUGCGUCAUUCUCCGCACUCAGAAGCCAAAAGCUUCACUUCUUGGCUUGGUGGAUAAGUCAGAAAUCUUUGAAUCCGUAUCUGCUUAUAAGAAUCUCCAGACGAAGCCAGGGAUCAAGAUUUUUCGCUUUGAAGCCCCUCUCUACUACAUAAACAAAGAACAUUUUAAAUCUGUUUUAUACUCAAAAACUCUCAACCCAGUCUUGGACAUGGCGGCUCGAAUGAAAUCAGCAAAGAGAAAGGCGACACAGGAAAUGGUAACUCUCAGUGCCCACCAGGAUGAGGUUUCUGUGCAUCUUUCCCUUGACCCCUUGGAGCUCCAUACCAUAGUGAUUGACUGCAGUGCAAUGCAGUUUGUAGAUACGGCAGGAAUCUCUGCACUGAAAGAAGUUCGCAGGGAUUACGAGGCCAUUGGCAUCCAGGUUCUGCUGGCUCAGUGCAGUGCCUCGAUGAAGGAUUCCUUGGUCCAUGGAGAAUAUUGCAAAAAAGAAGAGCAAGAAACCCUUCUCUUCUACAGUAUUUAUGAAGCAGUGACUUUCGCAGAAGAGUCUCAGAAUCAGAAAGGAAUAUGUGUGUCUAAUGGCCUGAAUCUUUCCAAUGAUUGACCGAGAAGUAGACUGGAAAAAAGAAUAAUGUCCAGCCAACAUAUUGAUGUCUCAAGGAUGUGCGACAUUUUCCACACUCGAAGGUUCACCCCACGGGCCAUUCCUUUCUUUGAAGUGGAUCAAUAAAUGAAGCAGAGUUUACCUUAGAAUAAAACAAAGGCAACAUUGAAACUCCUGGCUUGCUUUCAGACACAAGGAAUUCUUGGCAUGAUAGAUAAAGAGCCCUUGAACUAACUGAACUGAAAAUCAUCCUCCCGACUUUAGGUGAUAUGCAUCUAGACUCUUCCUUCACUUGAGGUCAGGUGCUGGAGUCUUCUCCAUGGUGGCUGCUUGUGGAAAGGGUACAGGGAAAGGAUAUUGUGCCUGCUAAUAUAGUCUUAUACUCUCAGGACUGGAGGUUUCUGAAGCUCUGUGUGUGUGUGUGUGUGUGUGUGUGUGUGUGUGUGUGUGUGUGCGCGCGCGCGCGUGUAUGCACGUGCACGUGCGUGUGUGCAGGCAGGGUUGGGGGUUGUGGGGAAGCAGACACAUUGACUUGCUUCUCUACUGGAAGCCUUUGCAGUGCUCCCAGGAGCAGACCCCACUGCACGCCUCUCCUUAAGGAAGAGCCUUAGACUCAGUCGCCUCAGGAGUCUGAGCCCUGGGCAAGUCUGAAGUCCUGCCUACCAGCCUCAUUUAAUGUUUUUAAUCAUGCCUUUUUGUUUAGAGUAAGUAGGUAAGCAAAAAGCUCAGGAGUCAGCACAAAUGAUGGGAAUCCUCUUUUCUGUGGUCUGUCUGUUUUGGGGAUUAUUUCUCAGCACUAAGCUCCAUGUGGACCUUCAGCAUAUUUUCUCUGGGAUCUGCUCUAAGGGACUGUCAGAUUACCAGGGAAGAGCUUGCUAGAUGAGCACCAGGGUAGUUGGAGACAACAUUUUAAAUGAGCUGAGGCAAACUGUGAAGGAUGGAUUGCAGAAAAGGAAUGAUUGAUAAAUUUGUUUAUGUAGCAGUGAAGCGAUGUUUUGUGGUUUUUUCGUCUCAUAGCAUUUGCACAGGGUAGACUGGGAGCAAACGGUUCUCUCAAAUACAAACUUUACAAGAAAAAAAUUUUGUAAGCGAUAAAAAAAUGCACACACGUGAUAGAAUACUUCCAGAAGAGUGUCAGUAAUUGAUUCAUAGAUGUUUAACUGAAUGCAGAAGCAGUGCUGAUCACCGUAAACCCCAUGAUGUACAAUAAAGAUUGAUGACAGGGGCCAGAGAGAUGUUGCAGUGGGUAAGGCACUUGCCUUACACAUGUCCAAGCCAGGUUCAAUCCUGACACCACAUUAGAUUUCCCGAACCACACCAGGAGUGAUCUCUGAGUGCAGAGCCAGGGCUAACUCCUCAACACCACCAGGUUUGUCCCCCAAAACCAUUGAUGGCAGUGAUAGCUUUUGACUCUUUGAGCCACUUCAAACUAUUCCAUGGAGAAUUUAGAAACAGUGCAUUUAUACAAACCACGUUCUGUGGAGAAUAUCUCCCUUAUGGUGGCUGGGACCAGAGAGACAGAGAGAGAGAGAGAGAGAGAGAGAGAGAGAGAGAGAGAGAGAGAGAGAGAGAGAGAAGAAAGAACAGGGAGUAAGGUGCUUGCCCUGCAUUUGGCUGACCCAUUCAAUCCUCUGUAUCAAAUGGUGCCCCAAGAACUACUGGGAGUGAGCUCUGCAGGAUGUGCACCCCCCUGCCAAUAAGUAAAAAAUUUUAAAACUGGCAGCUGGCAACAGGUUGGGCCUAUAGCAGGUUUUGAAAAGCAAGGGUGUUUGACACUAAAAGCUUGUGAUCUAGUUCUGUUUGGACUUUAAUGCGGUGGGGGGGGGGGGGCUUCAAAAAUUAAGGAAGAGGGGGAAACAUUCAACGAUACUAUUUGAAACAAACCAUAACUGCAAAUAUGUAGCAGUGUAGCACUGUCCUGGUUGUUCAUCAGUUUGCUCAAAUAGGCACCAGUAACAUCUCACAACAAAUUGUGAGACUUGUUGUUACUGUGUUUGGCAUAUCAAAUGCACCACAGGUAGCUUGCCAGGCUUUGCCAUGCGGGCGAGAUACUCUCGGGAGCUUGCCGAGGUCUCCGAGAGGGGCGGAGGAAUCGAACUCGGGUCGGCCAUGCUGGCUGUGUGCAAGGCAAAUGCCCUACCGCUGUGCUAUCACUCCAGCCCAACUGCAAAUAUGUAAAGUUUCUUUUUUUUUUUUUUUGCUUUUUUUGGGUCACACCCGAUGAUGCACAUGGGUUAUUCCUGGCUCUACACUCGGGAGCCACUCCUGGCGGUGCUCAGGGGACCAUAUGGGAUGCUGGGGAUUGAACCCAGGUUGGCCGCAUGCAAGGCAAUUCUCCAGCCCCCUAAAGCCUUUUUUUUAACCUGCUAAACAAUUUAAGGACUGAGAGAGGCAGAGCCAUGUGUGGCUCAUCUGCUGGGGACCACUUACACAGCUCCCAACUCCACUACAAGUGUUGCUUUUCUGUUGCUAGAGCUCAGACCAUCUGUUCACAUGAACUGUCUCUUUCUGUCAUUCACACAAGGCAGUUUCCCAGCAGUCAAGUUGGAUUUCCAUCUCUGAGGUGUCUGACAUCAUGAUGGAAUGUAAUAGUGUCCUAAAUUUUGUGUUCUUUUAGAAUGUGUUUGGAAUUUUAGAAAAGUUGACUGUUUUUAUAUCUGUGAGUUUUGGGUGAUUUUUAGCCAAAUAUGCCCUUUUAUCAAGCUUCAUAAAUAGAAAUAGACACUAACAGGGUUUUUUUUUCUUGUCAUUUUGUUGUUGUUUUGUUGUUGUUGUCAUUGCUGUUGGGGGCCUGUGGUGCUUGGGGGCGGGAGUCUUCUCCAGGCCAAUGCUUGGAAGUUGCUCCUACAUUCCAUCCCUUUAAGCCAGUUCUGCCCCCUCCUCAUUAUUUGAAUUCCUCUUGUCCCUACCCCAAGCCAGGUCUGGAUUGAGACUAUCAUGACUGAUCCCAUAAGGAGACUAAUGAACAUAAGCGCCUCUAUAAUUUUGCAAACACUAGCAAAGGAAAAAACUGGUCCUGGGCUGCAGAGAUAGUACAAGGGUAAAGGGGCUAAGGCACUUGCCUUGUGACCCUGGUUUGAUCCCCAGCACAUUUGAUCCUCCCAAGCUCUGCUAGGAGUAAGCCCUGAGCACUCUUGGGUCUGGCCUAAAGACUAUAUAUGUAUGUGUGUGUGUGUGUGUGUGUGUGUGUGUGUGUGUGUGUGUGUGUAUGUGUGUGUGUGUGUGUGAUCAGUCCACAGAAUUUUACCUUUUGUUGACGUUUCUGUUAAUAGGUGAAUAUAAAUAAUUCUGAAGUAUUAUGCAAUUAGUAGAUUCUUUAAUUGUGUUUCAGUUUGUGAACAACCAAAUGAAUGAGACCUUCUGUUUUUGGUAGCCAUUUUUGAUGGAAAAGAACAAACUAGAACCUUAUACUCUGUGUCUGUACUUAUACACUGCUGAAAACGUGUGCGGGUAUUUAAAGGGAUCAAACCUGAAACCAAAGCCUGAUUCUCUGAUAAAAGUGCUUCUAUUUUCUUACUUAAGGACACGGACAUGAGUUCACUAGGUGAUAUUUUAUAGACUUUAUUUAUGCAGGAAAUAUCUUGCACUUUAAACUUUGAAGUCUUUUUUCAUAUUGCCUCUUAACAAGUAUACUACAACACCCUGAGUACCUUAGAAUCGUCAUUUAAUUGGAAUGCACUGUGUACAUACUUGGUGGUUAGUACUUUCACAACUGAACUUUUUAGAAAACUUGCCACAAUCAGUUUGGUGGUGUGUACCAGCACACAGACUAAAGAUGACCUUCUGGAGAGGUGAUGGAACGAAAUAGUGAAAAUGCAGUUUGACCAAGCAGAGGAAAGAGGGACUCAGUGAAUAGUGUCUUUCAUCUAGAUGUUGUGACACACUGUCGGUGCUCCUGGUGGUGACAAAAAUGGCAGGUAUCUAAGAAAGGCCAAAGGAAAACAAGGUUUGGAUAGUCCAACUAAGCUUUUAAAUAGUCCUAGAUAUUGAGGCCAAAUUGUGUGGGGAAUGGUAAUCUUUAAGACUUUUAGGGUGUGGGGCCAGAACGAUAGUACAGAGUGUAGGUACUUGCCUGGCACAUAGUCAGCCGACCCAAGCUCCCUGGCAUCUUGUAUGGCCCCUUGAUCCCUGUCAGGAGUUAUCUGUGAUCACAAGGCCAGCAAGAACUAAGCCCUGAGCACUGCCAGAGUGGCCCAAAAACCAAAACCCACUAUUAUAUCUGCAUUCUAAUAUGACAACAUUUAACCCAAAGCAGUAAUUUUCUGCAGAAAUAUUUUCUUAGUCAUUUGCCAUUUGAGAAUGUCUUGUCAGGGUGCUGGUUCUGUUUUUAAUACACAAGGAAGAUCUGGGGUGUAGUAGAUUUCAUGUGAACUUCAAUUCAGUCUUGACAAAUCCAAGUUCUGUGGUCCUUAUUAAUAUGACUUCCUCUCUGUAUUGUUUUCCUCUCUGUAGUGCGAGGCAUGAGGCAUAAACUCUUUGAUUAGUUUGGUUUGGGGGCCACACCUGGUGGUGCUCAGGGCUUACUCCUGACUCCGCCCUACAGUCAGGGAUCACUCCUGGCAUGCUCAGGGGACGAAAUGGAGUUCUGAGGAUCAAACCUGGAUGAGUCACAUGCAAGGCAAGAGCCUUAUCCACUGUAUUGUUUCUCCCUCGCCCCCCAUAAGUUCUGACAAUACCUCAGAUGUGUUCCGAGGACCAAUGCAGGAGUCUGGAGCCAAGCGUUGGGGCCGUGGUGCUAACCCCAGAAGCUGGGAAAGACUUUCUUUAACUUGGGCACUUAGGAGUUGCUUUGUGCAGAAGACUUGUGCUGAGCCCGGACUAACAUCUGAGCAGGCGGAGGCACAGAAGCCCCUGUUCUAUACAGGAAAUCAUUCCAUGGUGACAGAAUGACUGAUGUUUUAGACUUUGCUUAAUUUUCCUGUUCUUUAAUGUUUCUCUUUUUUCCCUCUAUUUUUUUUUUAAAUUUGCCUUCUGUGUCUGCUUGUUUUUUUAUUUAUUUUGGUUUUGAGUGCCACACCCAGCAGUGCUCAGGGCUUACUCCUGGCUCUGCACUCAGGGAUCACUCCUGGCAGUAAUCGGGACUAUGUGGGGUUCCCAAGAUUGAACCUGGGCAAGUGGCUUACUCACUGUGCUCUCUGUCCAGCCCCUCCUCUAGUAUUUAAAAAUAUCUGUUCUAGUGAUACCUUAUUUAAAACUGGACUUAAUGAAUUAGAUCUUGAUGGCUUUUAGAGUCAGAAUAAAUUUGGCUUCUUAGCUGGUAUGAAAAUUUUAAAUAAUCAUGAAUCACUAAUUUGAGUGUGAUAACAAUGAAAAUACCAUCCUGAAAAUUAUAUAGGUCAAAAUGUAACACACUUUUUUAAUUUUUUUUUUUUUUUGGGUCAUACUCAGUGGUGCUCAGGGCUUACACCUGACCUGGGAUUGAAUCUGGAACAUGUGCAAGGUAAAUGCUCUCCCACUGUACUAGCUCUCCAGCCCCCUGGAAUGCCACCUUUUCAUCAAAGAAAAAUGCUUUUAUAUGUAAAUUAAAAGUAAAUUUUAUAUUUCUAAAAUUUUUGAUUUCUAACUUAAGGAACAGAGAAUUUGUAUAUAUGUGGAGAUAUUUGUUUUUAUAAGGUAAUAUUUAUCCUGGUAAGGACUUCUCUCUUGGGGCUGGAGUGAUAGCACAGCGGGUAAGGCGUUUGCCUUGCAUGCGGCCCAACCUGGGUUCAAUCCCCAGCAUCCCCCCUGAGCACGGCCAGGAGUAGUUCCUGACUGCAUGAACCAGGAGUAACCCCUGAGCAUCUCCGGGUGUGACCCAAAAAGCAAAAAAAAAAAAAAGACUUCUCUCUUUUUUUAAGUUUCACAACUGAAACUUUAAAAUUCAGUUUUUGGGGCUUCAGGCUCUGAUCUUGGGGGACUAUUCACUGCCAGGGAUUGAACCAGGGUUGGCCAUAUGCAAGAAGGAACUCCUGUACUAUCUCUCUGGCUCCUGCAACUGAAAUUUUAAGGUCACUUUUAAAUACACUUAGGAACGUUAAAUGAGUAUUUACUAAGCAGUAGAUUUUGAAAUAUUUUUUUAUUUUGGUAAUACAAAAUUUUAAUUAUGAAAACUGGAAUAAUAAAGAACUCAAAAUGCCUUUACUGAA